UUCCUGGUCCCUCCCAGGCCAGGCUUGGCCAGCCCAGGCCUGACCAGGCAGUGGCCAGAGUGACCCCAAGACGGUGUCCAGGGACUCAGGCCUCUGAUCAAGUUACCCCCAGAAGAUCAGAGAGGGGUUGACGAAGGAGAAGCAUUCAGAGGGCACUGGCUUCUGGACAGCAAUGAGUGCCCGGGCCACGCGGCCCCGAAGCCGGCGAGGGAGGCAUGCUCCACCCGGUGAACUGGACCCCGUGGCUGAGAGUUCAGAGGAGGUUGAGGCAGCCAGUGGGAGCUCCAAGCUCAGCUUUGCCCCACCUCCAGUGAGCUCCGGGCUGGAACAGCUGGGCCCCAUGGAGGAGGUCAGUGGCCAAGGCCUAGGAAGCAGGACCGACAAGAAGACGGAUGGGGGCUCUGGCAGGGGACUGGCCUCAGCCCCCGAGGUGCCCCACAAACCUGCAGUGGAAGCCUACCAGGCCCCAGAAGCAGCCCUACAGUACAAAGAGACUGUGCCCCCUGGGACUGGGGCCCCUGAUGUGUUUCAGACCCUCCAGCACGCUCUGAGCUCCCUGGAGGCAGCGGCUGCAGCCUGGCGCCACCGGCCCCCCAGCCAUCCUGGGCCAAUGGAGUUGGAAGACACAAGCAAAGGGGGACCAGUUCAGGAGUUGCAGAAUUCCCUCUUGAGGCUGGAGCCCUUCCCAAGUCUUUCCCACAGCCAAGCAGGUGGCUCAGGCAGUGGUUCUAGCAGCUCUGAGGCAGACAGGGAACCCUGGGAGACUCAGGACUCCUUCUCCCUGGCUCACCCCCUGCUUCGGCGCCUCCGCAGCCAUUCCAGCACCCAGAUCCUUGGGUCUCUUCCCACCCAGCCCCUCAAUCCUGAGAUGCACAUCAUGGAAGCCCAGACGGAGCAACUCCGGGGGAGCAUUGAGAAGCUCAAAUGCUUUAACCGUCUGCUAUCGGCUGUGCUCCAGGGAUACAAGGGCCACUGUGAGGGCCUCAGCAUGCAGCUAGGCCAGCGGGAGGCUGAGGCCACAGCAUUGCAUCUGGCCUUGCAGUACAGUGAGCACUGUGAAGAGGCAUACAGGGUUCUUCUUGCUCUGCGGGAGGCCAAUUCAGAAGCAGGAGACGAAGCCCCCACGAGUGACCUGCAAGCAGCUGAAGAGGAAGCAUGGAGGCUGCUGGCACAAGAGGAGGCCACCAUGGAUGCAGGGGCACGGCAGAAUCCACAGCCAAGCCCUGAGGGCAGCAGUGUGGAUAAGCCCACACCACAGGAAGUGGCUUUCCAGCUCCGAAGCUAUAUCCAGCGUCUCCAGGAGCGCCGUUCUCUAGUGAAGAUUCUCUCAGAGCCUGGCCCCACCUUGGCACCCAUGCCCACUGUGCCCCGUGCAGAAGCCAUGGUACAGGCCAUUCUGGGGACCCAGUCUGGCCCAGCUCUUCCCCGACUGGAGAAGACACAAAUUCAGCAGGACCUGGUGGCCACAAGGGAGGCCCUGACAGACCUGAUGCUUCGGCUGCAGCUGGUGCGGCGUGAGAAGCGGGGCCUAGAGCUGCGGGAGGCUGCCCUCCGAGCCCUGGGUCCAGCUCACGUGCUCCUGCUAGAGCAGCUGCGGUGGGAACGGGCGGAGCUCCGGACUGGUGGGGCAAACAGCAGUGGUGGACAUAGCAGCGGAGGUGGCAGCAGCGGGGACGAGGAAGAGUGGUAUCAGGGCCUUCCUGCUGUGCCUGGUGGCACCAGUGGCAUUGAUAGUGGCCAGGUGGGCAGGGCCUGGGACCCAGAGAAGUUAGCCCAGGAACUGGCAGCAUCGCUCACCAGGACGCUGGACCUGCGGGAGCAGCUGCAGUCUCUGCGCAGGGAGCUGGAACGGGUGGCUCAGAAGGGGCGAGCCAGACGGUCUCAGAGUGCCGAGCUGAACAGGGAUUUAUGCAAAGCCCACAGUGCCCUGGUCCUGGCCUUCCGAGGAGCCCACCGGAAGCAGGAAGAGCAAUGCCGGAAGUUGGAGCAGCAGAUGGCACUCAUGGAGGCUCAGCAGGCUGAGGAGGUAGCGGUGCUCGAAGCCACUGCAAGGGCCCUGGGGAAACCCAGGCCGCCCCUCCCGCCUCCCCAGCUUGGGGAUACCGUUCUGUAGGCCCCUUACCCAGCCAUGUCUGGACAUGCCAGACUGCUGUGGCAUGUCAUAAACUAUCCUGGAGUGACAUCAUGUCAUGUUGCAUGAUUUGGCGUGUUGGGGCACAUUUGGCAUGAGGGAAGCUGGUGCACAUGGGUGUCCAGGGCCUGAUGGGUGUGGCCACGCAAUGCAGAAAGACUUGGGUAUCUUUGGCCUGGCACCAA